AUUCCCAAAUUCAAUCCCCCCCUCUCUCUCCGCUCUAUCUUCAACUUCCUCCGCCCUAUCUCCGCCGUAUCUCUCCGACCUGUUUGUUUAGCUUCAUCGGAAAAGGAAUGGUUACCGACGUAACUUAUCUGUGUACGAUAAUGAAUCAGCAGCAAGGAAUAAUGAAUGAUUCUAAAUCAACGGCUCUUAUUACUCGUGACUUGCUCGGAGGCGGUGGUGGUUGCGACCAUGAUUCCUCCAAGGAAUUGGACCUCGACUUACAUGUUCCUUCCGGAUUUGAAAAGCGUCUCGAUUUAAAGUCAGGGAAAGUUUAUCUCCAGAGAUGCAAAUCACCAAACACAUCUUCUUCAUCAUCGGAUCAAAACCAGAACCACAACCACAACGAUCAAACAGUAUCAAAGCUUCAGGACCUCAACUUCCCUCCAUCUUCAAAAAAACCAUUAAACCUGUUCGAUGAUUCAAGCUUAGAUCUCAACCUUGUCAAUUUAUCAUCAUCACCACCGGCUUACAGAAGUGUUUGCACUCUUGAUAAAGUCAAAUUCGCACUUGAACGAGCAGAAAGAGAAACAUUCAAGAAACGAUCAGUUUCAAUUUCAACCUCAAAGUCAUGUUCAUCUCCUACCUCAAAUUCUUCAUCCUCCAUGAAAGAAACCAUGAUUAUCGAUGAUGAUGAUGAUAACGAACGAUCUUCUCAGGCUUAUGCUGCUGGAUGCCCUAGUUGCUUGCUGUAUGUGCUUAUUUCACGUAGCAACCCUAGAUGUCCUCGUUGCAAUAUGACAGUUCCAUCACCUACAGCCAUGAAGAAACCACGAAUCGAUCUUAACAUGUCCAUAUGAUAUAAGAUAUAUGAUAUGUGAUGUGAUAUGAUAUGAGUUAGUAAUUUUACUUUAAAUUUUAAUUAACUAAUAUUCUUGUAAAUGAUAAAAUAGAAAACAGGGGAGGGGAGAAAUAGGUUUUGAUUUAGUUAUAAAGAAAAUCAAUCCUCUAUGUACACAUUGUGAAGG